AUGAAAGUAGUCGACUUACGUAAAGAACUAAAAACUCGUGGGCUCUCGUAUGCUGGCGACAAAGCUGAAUUAAUCACCAGGCUCCAAGCAGCGAUUUCUCAAGAUGAGCACGGCGACAUUAAUUUAGACUCUGAUGAAAUUGACUCAGAUGGAGUGUUAGAAGAUGAGGAUGAUAAAAGUCAAACUGAUAUAUUAGAUGAUACUGCAGUUGAUCCUUUGAAUGAAGAGUUGGCGCUUUCUGAUCAACCCGCUUCCAAAACCACUAAUGAGACUAAACCCCAGCGUAUACUGAAACGAAAGAUUACAGCUACUAGUAUAGAGCCUUCCAAAGAAACAGGUGAAACCAAACCAGCAGAAACCAAGGAAACUACUGCCAAAAAGAUUGUAUUACAUAGAGCCAUAUCAAUUUCAUCUGCUCAUUCAGAAAAAGCAGAGGAAAGUGAAACAAAUAAUCAAAAAGAGGGCAGUGAAGCCACUAACAACAAAAUAAAAAUAACUGCUGAUGUAGAUACUAAGACAAGACUGGAGCUAAGAGCUAAAAGAUUCGGUUUACCAAUAAAAAUGAGUGAAGAUGAAAGGAAAGAAGCAAGAAAACAGAGAUUUGGACAAAGUAACUCUAAUAUAACUAAAAAUAUCACAGGGCCCCCUUCUGGUACAUUAACUGAAAACAUGGAAAAACUCAGAAAACGAGCAGAACGGUUCGGACAAUCAGUGUCAAAGAUAAUGACUGAUAUUGAAAAAAAAGAACGUCUAGAAAAACGAAAAGCCAAGUUUGGAGGUUUAGCCUAA